AAUUUCGCCUUUAGCUUUGUUGACAUUUGUACGUACACCGGCUUCAUGCAUCAUGUGUAGCAUCAAUUUGGCCCAUAGAUUUCUGCUCUAAAUUCUGUUAUGUGCCAGAAAAGGUCUGAAGGAUAUAUAUGGCAGUAAGACUACAAUUAAGAUGGAAGAAAGGCAGUAUUCAUCUCUGACGGCUCCUAUGGAUUAUCUUCAGUACUGGUACCAAGCUCAUCAGCAGUUUCAGCCAGAGCAGGUGCCACAGUACCACCAGAUGGUUAACAAUGCCCAAUACACUGAGAGACCCAUGGAGGAGAAAGUCAUGACUGAUUUGGCAGUACAUCAAGAUCCAUAUCUGGAUCAAACUCAACAGCCCAAUCAACUCUUUGUCCAGCCACCAGAUAUGGCCUUGCCACCAGCCCCUCCGACAACACCAGGAAAGGGGAAGAAAAGAGGGCGGCCUCCAAAAGGUGAAGGAAAGGAGCAGGCGCAGGCUGAAGACUCUCCAAAGAAAGCUAAAAGGACACUAGACAGAUUCAAUGGAAUGUCAGUGGAAGAAGUCAUGGCUAGAAAGCUGCCAGACGUCAUCACCCAUAAUCUUGACAUUCUGAUUAUCGGGAUCAAUCCUGGACUGUUGUCAGCCUACAAAGGGAGGCAUUACCCAAAUCCUGGGAACCAUUUUUGGAAGUGCUUGUUUCUCUCUGGGUUGACUGAUGAACAGCUUAAUCACAUGCACGAUCAGACUUUGCCUGAGAGGUAUGGCAUUGGUUUCACCAAUAUGGUGGAGAGGACUACACCAGGAAGUAAAGACCUAUCAAACAAAGAGAUUCGUGAAGGCGGUCACCAACUUUUGGAAAAGCUUCAGAAGUACAGACCGUUAAUUGCUGCCUUUAAUGGCAAAGGCAUUUAUGAAAUAUUUUGCAAGGAGGUUUUUGGAGUGAAGGCCAAGAACUUAGAAUUCGGAUUGCAGCCUUUCAAAGUGCCAGACACAGAGACGGUUUGCUACCUGAUGCCAUCAUCAAGUCCACGUUGUGCACAGUUCCCUCGUGCUCAGGAUAAAGUGCACUUCUAUAUUAAGCUAAAAGAAGUCAGAGAUCAGAUGAAGGGAAUGGACAAGACUCAAGAAAUCCAAGAGACAAACUACACAUUUGAUAUUUCUCUGGCCAAAGAGGAUGCCAAAAGAUUAGCAAUCAAAGAGGAACAGCAUGACCCUGGGUAUGAGGAGACCUGUGGCCAUGGAUCAUGGGGGGAACAACAGCAAAUGUUUAGUGUCCAUCCUUCUAACGGGACAGACCAGGUAACGGACCACAGGUGGACACUGCAGCCGUUUGCAGACCAGAUUCCAGACAUCAGAUGUAGCAGCAACAAUGGAACUACCUGAGAAAAGAGGUUAUUGGAAAAAGGCUUAUUAUGCCCUUGUCUACACUGCAUGUAUAGAGGAGGACCAACAAGAACUUUUUCUUGUUAUUAUUAUUGAUAUUUUAUGUUUGGUACGUUUGCUUAUGUGUGCUUUCAAUUUGUGUGUGGAGGUACAAAGCUUUGUUUCCAUGAAAGCUGGAUUUAACAUGAAUGAAUUGUUCAAUUUGUACCUCUCUAUAAUUUUCCCUCGAAUAUGACAGGUUAAAACAAGUUAUCUUGUUUUGUUUUAGACAGUUUCACAUGUACUGAAUUUAUACAUUAUACAUUAUGUCUAUCAUACUGAAAUUAUAGAUGGAAAGGAUCUCCUACAGUUUGCACACAGAGACUGUCAGUGCAAGAAAUCCCUAAUGCAAGCCACUGUUGGACUCUAGAAGGUAGUUGUCUUCUAGAGGUGUAUCACUGUGCAUGCCCUCCAUGCAUGUUUUUUAUGUAGUACUGCAGAUGGCAUGCUCAGGCCUACAUUAUGGUGCUUAUUUAAUAUUAAUGACUACAAUUUACCUCAAUUUGAAUGUUAUUUUUAGACUUUUUAGAAUUGUGUUUUAUUGUUAUGGACACAACCAGAGUGCAUACCUGUAUUAUGUGUAAUAACUGUGUUUUGUAGCAUUUAUAUCCAUGUUGUUACCUCAUAAUAACAAUCUGGCAUUGUUGUUGCUUGUGAGAAUGCAUUCUGUGUCAUGUAUGUCAUUCUUUAAGGUGUAUUUUAUUAUUUUUUAUAUGUUGGUAUUAGCCUACUGAUGGAUUGUUUUGGAAAAUAAAAACAUAUGGGAAA